AUGAGCUUGGUUAAGCUUGUCAUCGCUCUGUUUUCCAUUCUGCUGAUAACUCAAUCAAUCUUUGGGUCUCACUUGAAGCACGAUCAUGUUAAAAGGAAUCCUGGAUCGUCUACCAAUGACACUGAGGUAAAAUAUAUUGUCUUUAAAAUAAGUUACGGUCGGCGCUGAAGUCCCGAGCUAACUCAAGUAAAUUAAGGCAUGGGUCAACAGCUAUUAUCCCGUAAAAAUGAAGGGCGUAAUUUAUAAUAUGAACUGUUUAUCACGAAGCACAUAAUACCAAAAAAAUAUAUAAAUAAACCACAAAAAAAUUAUAUUUCAGAACGCACAAAUAUUAUGCAAAUUAGAUAAGGUGACCUUACGGCUUCACAAAGUCUCAAAAAAUCUUUAAGAAAAAAUGGCCACACUUUUUGCAGGAGAUACUCUACUUAACUGGUACAAUAAAAUACAAAAUAAGCCGCUACAAUACUGCUCUUGGCAACUUUGAAAUUUCUCGUUCAUUUUGAAAAUAAAUGGGUUUUCCAACUAGCACCAGGAGCUCCUGCUAGUACCCAGCCUCCUAAUACUAUGCUUUUCCUUUAAAAAAAUCUGACAUUGUUAAGCGCACAAAUGACAUACCUAACGACCUUAAAAUUAUUAAACUAGUAGAAAAAUUAAGGAAACAAGAAAAAGUGUGCCCAUUUCAGUUCAAAGCUUUUCUGGGACUGGCGAGUCACGUGACCUCAUUCUCAUAUUUGGUGUAGGCCAAAAAGACAAAAACAAGCAGUGUAUGUGUCUGACAAGUUUUCAACCUGCUACUGCUAAUGCAUCGAAAGAUAGACAACCUCCUCACUUUUCGACUUAAUAAACUGUCAACUGGGGACUCCCGGCAUGCAUUAAUUAACUUGAGAAAGUCAAUUUUGGUGACUUAUUUUAAAUCGAACUUCUUAACUUCUUCUUCUUAUUGGACCUAAAGACCCUCUCAAAGAGACGACACUUCCAUCGCUGUAUUAAGAUGCUAUAAUAUAUGUCAGGGGAAAUUUGACAUCAGGCGCAAAAGUAGUUUUCCGUUAUCAAACUCGCAAAAGCAACUAUUUACCCCUUCCUCGCGUGCCCACCAAUUGGGGCAAGCAAACUUUCAUAUUUCGAGCCUCCAAGGACUGGAACAACCUAGACAAUGACAUUAAAAACCGAAAUUCAUUGUCCUUAGUUUAGGUAAACCAUAAAACUUUGUAAAUAAAUCCCCCAUCUAACUUUUACUAUUUUAAAAUUUAGUUUUGUAUGUUAAUAUCAAUUUUUAUCUCUUUUCUCAGUUCUAUAAUUUUUGAAGUAGGUUAUUUGGCUUUUUUGUCAUCUUGUCAUUUAUGAUUUUCCGGGCCCCACUGAAAACCGCCAAGGCGUCUGCAGCCAUGGGCUCCCUAGAUAACUGAUAUUACUAUUAUUAUUAUUAUUAUUAUUAUUAUUAUUAUUAUUACUAUAAUUAUUGUUAUUAAUUCAUAAAGAAAAUACAAAGAAAAUUAAUUUUUAAUGAGUGAUUGAAAAUCAGAUAGAAACUGCUCAGUUUUUGCAUCCUUUAUUUUUCCUUCUAAAAUCACUUUGAUUCUGACGGAGUUUUUCAAACAUUCGACACAGUGUUUUGGGCGUAACCACUCGAACAAUUCGGUAACCUUACUUUAUCGAACUCAAGCGAACUUAAUCGAACGAUCGAUUGGGUUCGAUCAAGUUCGGUAAAAAAACUUCACAAAAUCGAAGAAAAAGUUUGCGUGAGGGUUCGAUUAAGUUCUUUUUCCGAAUUCAAUCAAACCAGUCUCGAAACCAGUCGAAAAUAACUUAUAAUCGAACGUUUCAACCAACACUUUUAAAAAAUACGUAAGGAUUCUCUGAAAAAAUCCUUUUCAAAGAAUUAGGAAAGCAGCAAAGAAAUCACGGCAAAGAACCAAAAAAGAAUCAGAUGAAACGAACAAUUGAUAGUGGGUGCAGGAACGCCUGACGAACCCCUAAGAACGUCCGUGGGGAGUCUGAUAACACCACAGGAAGCCCACACAAUCUGUGUGUAACCGAUUGUUUUUUAUAGUAAAUGUACUGGAUUUACCGUUUGCUUCACCUACGGCGAUAUAUCGCUUAAGUAUGUAUAUAAAUUACUGUCAAAUAAGCGUUGAACUCAGAGUACCUGCGGUAUAUUGUCGUGCAAAAAACCGUUUUUGAGGCAAAGUUCUUUGCGAUUUGUCCUUAGAUAACCCGCCUUGAUUACAAUGUUCAGCUUGGCGAAGUGUAAAUGUCAAUGAAUACAGCCCCUCCGAUUUCAUUUCUGAGCGUCAAAUGUAUUUAAACUCACAGAGGAAAAAUUAGUGAUAAAGUACUCAUUCCAGUUUGUAUUCUGAAGAAUGACCGUAAUAGACGAUAAGUUUUCUUCACAGAUACAGGGACGACAGGGCUCGUCCUCGAUCUCUCUUAAAGAAGGCGAGGAGCAAAACAAGCGAAAAGGUAAACUAUGUGGUGACGUUUCUUGAAAGUCCAGGAAACAGCUGUUUUGUGGACCAAAUUAUUCAUCACAUUUGAUUUAACAUCAGUAGUAUAACUGUAAGUGUGAAACUCUGAAGAUGUUUCUUGCUUUUAGAUGUCAUUGCUGCUGCUACACUAGGCUUUACCGUCCUUCAGCAUGUUUUAUCUGAGCUUGGCAGCGUAAACCGUAAGGUCGCCAUCGGUAUUUCGAAUAAGAGUGGAAUGAAAUGGCACGCAAUCAACUCCAGACUAAAACAUGGGACGUCAGAUCAAGUUUUGCCUUACGAAAUUCUUUCAGGUAAAAUUAAUGAUCAUAACUGGGUUUGAAAGCCUUUCUUUUAGUACACUCUAUUUUUUCUGUAAGAAUAGAUUUUAUAAGAAUAUAAUAAAAAUAAUAAUAAUAACAAUAAUCGGAUAAUGAAGUAACACUUUUAUGGCGCUAAUUUCUUGAGAUCAUUAGCGCUUUACAAUAAAAUUAUGAUAGAAUUAUUAAGAAAAAAAUGAAUAAUUAAAUCGUAAUAGAAAAUAUGCAUGUUACAAUGUGUUUUAAGUCUAAAAGAGGAUAUAGAAAACUUUGAAUGGUCUCUAAGUCUAUCUAGCAAUGCAUUCCAAAGAAUGAGUGCUGCAACUGAAACUGAGGCUCUGCCGUGACCAUAACUUUUCAGGUGGUAUUGCUCAUGUGCUAAGUAGUUUUUUUAGUUGAUCUCAGUGAUCUGCGGUUUGCUGGUGAAUUUAAUCUUUAAGAUAAUCAGGAGCAGUGUCAAUUAAACGUUUAAAAGUCAUCAGUAGGAUUUUAUAUUGGAUCCUCAACUCACCAGGUAGCCAGUGCGUGCAGCUGUUUUAGCACAGGAUUAACGUUUUCCUGCUUGUUGGUAUAAGAUAAUAGCUAGCCUGGCGACUGAUCAUGAGUUUUGAACGCGUUGGAGUUUUAUCUCAGUUGAUUAGGAACACCACAAAGAAGUGAAUUGCAAAAAUCAACUUUUGAGGUCACAAGGGAAUGUAUCAAGGCCUCUGCUGCUUUUGCUGGCAAGUGCUUUCAUAUAUUCGCGACCUAUGUUAUUUCAGUUGAAGAAGGCUGAUUUACAGGAUGUCUUUACAUGCUCUUCCAAUAUCAUGACAGUGAAGGGUGUCAAAUACCGCAUCGAUGAUCUUUCGAGCAGUUUUUGAGGGAUUAAUCACUGCUUCACCAACGGUAACUGGAGGCAAUAGGUGGGGUGCGAUCAUGAUAUUUUGCAUUGAGAAUCAAAAGCUCUGUCUUAGGUCUGUCCAAUUUAAGCAAGUUUUGCGACAUCCACCUGUCAAUAUCAGUUACGCAGGCUUAAAAUUCGAUCCUUGUUUUUGCCAGUUCCAGUUCAAUGAUGAUUUGAAAAUCAAAACCCAGGGUCAAACCCGGACCUUUCAUAUCCUAAUUUCUCUCCCUUUCCACUAGACUACCUCACCUACACACACUGACAAACUGUCUUUCUUAACGUUUACCAGUGGCGGAUCUAUGGGAGGGGCCUGGGGGUCCGCCCCCCCUCCCCCCUUAUUUUUAGACCAAACUGAGGCCCGAAGGGCCGAAGAAAAAUUUUUUGGAGACCGGAUGACCGGGUCCCCCCUUAUCUCAAGGUCAGGAUCCGGCACUGGUUACAUCAGUAACAGGUGACCCUGAACCUUUCCGUAAAUUUUAACGAAAAUUCAACUUGGGUGACAACGCCGUUCUUUAUAACACUAUUCUGAAACUUAUUAAUAAGCCAUAAAAAGAAAAGAAAGAAAACCACAACCUUGACGGUACUAAUUACCAUAAAAUUUUGCGAACUUUUUCUUUGAAUUUCUCCAAGAAUUAUUGUUCAUUUGAGAAGCUAUAUCAAAAAAUCCACUCAGUGUUUAUCCGAUAUCCAGACACCUCGAAGUUGGCCUUAAAAACUCGGCUGCGCCUCGUUUUUCAACCCACUUCUCGGUGUCUGAAUAUCGGAUGAAACACUGCGUGUCGUUAUAGAUAUAUUACUUCAAAAACGUAUUUAAUAAAUACAAUAAUUACUUAAGCUUACCAUAUUUCGAGAUGCAGCUCCUAAAAGCCAGCAAGUAAGGCAAUGAUCGCUUGAGCCUUUAUAAUUCUCGUACGCAUCUAGCAAGGUGAAAAACAAAAACGAUGCCAUCCGAAAUCGGAUUAUCGGCUUUGACAAGCGACGCACUUCUCAACCAAAAACCCAAUAAACAAACCAGCCAUGAAUAAGAGAACACUCUUGAUAGCAGCUGUAUUUCAUUUUGUACAUCCAGUGGAAAAAGACAGUUAAAAACAUCACAAGUUAACUCAAAACUCUGUCAGCUUCAGCUGUCAAAGUAAACAACUUUCAAGAUGCUGCAUAAAUUUUACGCAUGAACUCACCUGUCAAAUUUUAACCAAUCGGAGCAUAAAAAUUGGACGUGGAGCGUGACCAACACGUAACCAUGGUAAGAAAAGGUCUUCCCCGCCUGUCUUUUAAAAACACUGGCUGAAUUUUUGCGUCUGAGGUCAGUUUGAAAUCAAAAUCGUAAUAGUGCGGUGCGAUACUGACAUAAACACAACAUAUUUGAUAUUGAUAUGAUCAUUUGAAAACGAGUAAAUUUUCAGCGGUUAACUUCAAAAAAUACUCGACCUCGAUGGGUCGACACCUGAGCCCGCAAUACGGCCAGAUAAUACUGGUCAGCGGAUACCCUGUUUUGACAGCUGUCAAUUGAUGACAACAUUGAUGUGCAAUCAGCUUUCUCCUGGGCUCCCAGAGUAGCUACAAAGUCUGAGAGUAAACAUUGGUAUGCCUGUGGUGCGGACGGACGGUCGGUCGGUCGCUCGGUCGCUCGGUCGGUCGGUCACGUGAUUACCAAAUUUUCUGGGAUGGGUAGAUUUAUUUACCCAUGGUGCUCCGCAGGCGCGCUUCGCGCGCGGAGCUCCGCUAAUACUUUAGACGACACGGAUACAGAAACAGUUUCCGCUUUCCCUUUUCGUCUUUAUUGAGCUUUAGUUGUCUCUGCUUUACAAGACGCGGGUGGCUAUGCGAUUUCCCGCCAAAAUAAUGUCAAAUUGCAUUUGGGUUGCCACACCUGUUGAUUGAGUUAUUUUACAUUGGUAUGCCUGUGGUUGUGGCCUAUUCCUGGAGAAAUAUAUAAGGUGGGACGAAUUCUCAAAUAAUAUUCAUCACUUUUUACCAGAAUGCAUUGCGUCACGAACAACUCAAAUAAAAACACGAGGAAGUUCGGUGGGUGAGAACGUGCAUCGUUCGCUGCUCAGACUGAGAGUUUUCUUUGUGGCAAAUUUUCUACAGCACGGUUAGAGGUCUUACCAAAUUUAAGACACGCAGGAGGAGUCUUUCAGAUGAGUACGAUCGUUAACUUGGGGAUUGGAUUUCAAUUUAAGAGCCUUUGACUCGUUCAGGCGUUUAAUAAACUUAACGAGGAAACAAGCAUUUGCUCUUCGACUCCGCAACACGGGGAUACACAAAUUCCAGCUAGCUAGAGGGUGAUGUGAAAACGAGAAAAUGUCAUGCCAUGCUAUUCUUAAGAACCUGUAUGAGCCGAGAAUGGAUGUGAUUUUGACGAUUGGCUUCAAAAUAACAGCGGAAAACGAGAUAACAAAUCACUGUUUUACCUCCUACUUUGCAGACGAGGACUUGUAUCGGCGUUUUGUGAAGCAUAAUUAUGUUCUUUCAUUCAUUCAUUACCAUGGAAUGCGUUUACAUUGUGUUUUUACUGUUAAUAGCUCGGUUAAUGCGGCUCGAUCAUCUUUAAAAGGCGUUUGCCGGCUGAAGUUCCAUGGAAAAGGCAUUAAAUUAUUAGACUUUUCCUCAAGGAAACUUAAUCAACCUCUAUGGUGUAGUCGCGUCGAGCUGAAGGUGUCGGGUUCGAGUCCUACUUAGUACCUUAUCUUUUUUUCCUUCUUUCUUUUUUUCCCGUUUUUUGUGUUGUUGUUUUCCAUAAAUAUAUACCUAAAUAACUGUUAGUUAAUAAAGUGAAAUAAACAGCAAGAAAACUAUCGUGUUUCCAGAGAAAAGAUAGUACACCGUACUUAUGGAUAAACAAUCUGAAUUUCUAUUAUUUAUUCCUACCAAUUUACUGUGGGAAAACCAGUCGGAGUUGAUAACCAUUUGAUCAUUUUCUAAACAACGUUCCCACGAAUUCUUUCCAUAGACUGAUAGUAAUUAACACUUUCCAACAUAAAAUAGGACAGAUGGAUCACUGCCUAACUGAUGUCAGUAUCGACAGAAUGUGCCGCAGCAUUACUAUCUUUUAGAUACCCUAGUUGAUAGGGCAAUAAAAUCAGGACGUUUGAAGCAAUCCCCUGCCAAGUAUGCAUUGAAAAGUAAAAUACCUACGCAGUAUUCUCCAGUCUAGCAAGUAGUCUUGUAAGCAACAGAAUACUUGUUCACUUUUACUCAGAAUCUGACUGGAUUUCAUAAUUUCUCUGUGACCCAAAACCAUUGCCCGAUUUAGUAAUGUGACGAAUGAGGCAAAUGCAAAAUAAGAUCGACCUGAGGGAGGUUUUGCAUGUGAGCCCGCGUGACUAAGCAGUCCCCACAAACCUUUGUUUUCAUUAACACCGCUGGACACAAAACCUCCCCAGAGCCGAUGUUACAUUGUAACAACCCGAAUGCUCAUUUUAAAAUUGUUAAUUUUUGCGUGCCUGAUUCUAGGUGAAGCCUUGACUUACGGCGCACGAAAAACUGCAGGGUACUGGCCACGUGGCGUAGAAGGAGUAAUCACAUACUACAUCGACGACAUCAGAUCAACACUUGCUGUUAUGUUUUCCGUUCCAUACAACUACUUGUGGAACAAAAAUCAGUUUGAAGUUCGGCUGUACAGGGGUAUGCCAAAAACGGACGACGAUAAGCUUUUCAACGCUAUGUAUAAAGAUGACGUUCGCAGAAUGAAAGGAAAUAAUCAUUGGCGUUGGCAGAAUUUGAAUCAAAGGCUCAGAGCCAGGUGCUUUAUGUCCAGCUCUAGUGCGGCGACCAUUGACAUUGAAAUAGAGACGCAGCGGAGGUCAGGAUAA